AGUUCAUGUUUUACUAUGUGUUUGUUUAUGCUAGUUUAGUUAAGCUUCUGUCAAAAAAUAAUUGAAUCAGAUUGAAUUUUCUUUGGUGGUAAUAUUUUACAUUAUAAUACUUGGGAAUUUUGUGUUCAAAUAAUUUCAUGAAAAGUAUUUAAAAUAAAAUUAUAAUCAAAUAUGAAUUACUUAUAUAUUGAUAUAUUGUAUGUAAAAUAUAAAUCCCAUACAAUUUUAUAUAAUAAAUUGAAAAAUUAAAUUAAUAAUAUAAGAUAUCAUUUAAGAUUUAACUUGUUUAUAAUUUAUUAUAAUGGGGAAUUGUCUACGAAGUAUGAUAAGGAGAUUACCAAAGAAACAUAAUUCAGAAAAGAUUAUAACUCUUCUUAUUGUCGGCCUAGACAAUGCAGGAAAGACUUUAAUUUUAAAUCAUAUACGUGGUGACCCUGAUAAGCAUGUACUACCAACAAUGGGAUUUCGAAUUAUAUGUUUAAAAUAUAAAUCUUAUACUAUAAAAAUAUAUGAUCUUGGUGGUAGCAUACAAAUUAGAUCAUUGUGGCCAAAAUAUUACAAUGAUAUACAUGGUCUUAUAUAUGUGGUGGAUGCUAGUGAUAUUUCCCGUCUUGCAGAAAAUAAAGUCGUAUUUGGUGAAUUAGUUGCGCAUGAAAGUAUUUCAGGAAAACCAUUAUUAUUGCUUGCCAACAAACAAGAUUUAAAUGGGGCAAUCGAUGAAUUGGAUGUUGUAGACAAUUUAGACGUGGAACAUAUUGUAAAUACUACACGAUGUCCUACAAGAGUUGAAACUUGUUCGUGUUUUUCUGAAAAAGAAAACGUGAAAAAUAAAAAUACUUUAGGCAUUACAAAUGGAUAUAAAUGGUUAUUAGAUACAAUACUGAGAAAUUAUACUGUAUUAAAUAAUAGAGUUAAACAAUCUCAAAACAUAGUCAAUGAAGAAUUAAAAAACCAAAGAGUUACAAAGGAUUGCAAAUAUUCUCCACCUAAAUUAUCAGUACACUCUAAUCCUUUUAAACCAAUAGCAGAACUCUUAUCUAAAAAGGAAGGAAAUAAUACAGAAAAUAAUUUGGUCAAUGGUGUUACUAAUGGACAAUCAUUUAAGAAACUUUUUAUGUCAAAUAAGACUGCACCACUUCCAUCUGAAAAUGCAUUUAAUAUAAAUGAAGAUCUAUCUUUGCAUGAUAGUUUUAAUGUAACACCUGUAGCACAAAAAAGUACUCAAACUAGUACUGUAAUAGAUUUACCAAGUUUUGAUUUGCAUCGUAAUGAUGAAAAAAAUAACAAACGUCACCGUCCAAACACAGCACCAGCAAGUUCUACAUUAUAUAAUAAUAUGAUAUCAAUAAUAACUAUUCCUGGACAAGUUCUUCACUAA